GGCGGGGUCCGGUGGGGAGCUGUCGCCAUGCGCUUCCCGGGGCCGGCCUGCUGGACGCUGCUGCUGGUUGUGGGGUUCUGCCGCGCGCACCGGGUGCGCCCCCGGAACGUGCUGCUGAUCCUCGCGGAUGAUGGAGGCUUUGAGAGUGGCGCCUACAACAACAGUGCCAUCAGUACCCCUCACUUGGACGCCUUGGCCCGCCGCAGCCUGGUCUUCCGCAAUGCCUUCACCUCGGUCAGCAGCUGCUCUCCCAGCCGCGCCAGCCUCCUCACCGGCCUGCCCCAGCAUCAGAACGGAAUGUACGGCCUGCACCAGGGUGUCCACCACUUCAACUCCUUCGACGGGGUGCAGAGCCUGCCGCUGCUGCUCCGCCAAGCUGGUGUUCGCACAGGCAUCAUAGGGAAGAAGCACGUGGGGCCAGAGGCGGUGUACCCGUUUGACUUCGCGUACACAGAGGAGAACGGCUCCGUCCUGCAGGUGGGGCGGAACAUCACCAGAAUCAAGCUGCUGGUCCGGAAAUUCCUGCAGACUCGGGAUGACAGGCCUUUCUUCCUCUAUGUCGCCUUUCAUGACCCCCACCGCUGCGGGCACUCCCAGCCCCAGUACGGGACCUUCUGUGAGAAGUUUGGCAAUGGGGAGCGCGGCAUGGGGCGGAUCCCAGACUGGACCCCCCAGACCUAUGACCCACAGGAUGUGCUGGUGCCUUACUUUGUCCCUGACACCCCAGCAGCCCGAGCUGAUCUGGCCGCUCAGUACACCACCAUUGGCCGGAUGGACCAAGGGAUUGGACUCGUGCUCCAGGAGCUGCGUGGAGCAGGUGUCCUGAAUGACACCCUGGUGAUCUUCACGUCCGACAACGGGGUCCCGUUCCCCAGUGGCAGGACCAACCUGUACUGGCCGGGCACAGCUGAACCCUUGCUGGUGUCGUCCCCAGAGCACCCGAAACGCUGGGGCCAGGUCAGCGAGGCCUACGUGAGCCUCCUAGAUCUCACGCCCACCAUCUUGGAUUGGUUCUCUAUCCCCUACCCCCACUAUGCCAUCUUUGGCUCGAAGACCAUCCAGCUCACUGGCCGGUCCCUCCUGCCGGCGCUGGAGGCGGAGCCCCUCUGGACCACCGUCUUUGGCAGCCAGAGCCACCACGAGGUCACCAUGUCCUACCCCAUGCGCUCUGUGCACCACGAGAGCUUCCGCUUGGUGCACAACCUCAACUUUAAGAUGCCCUUUCCCAUUGACCAGGACUUUUACGUCUCACCGACCUUUCAGGACCUCCUGAAUCGCACCAUGGCAGGCCAGCCCACAGGCUGGUACAAGGACCUCCAUCACUACUACUACCGGGAACGCUGGGAGCUCUAUGACAAGAGCCGGGACCCCCAUGAGACCCAGAACCUGGCCGCAGACCCACGCUAUGCCCAGGUUCUGGAACUGCUUCAGACCCAACUGGCCAAGUGGCAGUGGGAGACCCACGACCCCUGGGUGUGUGCUCCUGAUGGUGUCCUGGAAGAGAAGCUGUCCCCCCAGUGCUGGCCUCUCCACAAUGAGCUGUGAGAGCUCCUAGGGGCAGCAGCCCCUCCCUUCCCACACCUGGUCCCUGAGCCCCAGCCUUUUCAGCUGAUGUGGAGGGGAGGGGUCAGCCUUGGGGGGCAGAGACCACAGCCCUUCCCUCUGCAUCCCAUCCAAGGAGGGCUCUCCUUGAUGCUGGCGUCACUCCCGCCUCCACUUGGAUGGGAGAGCAGGGCAUGUGCCCCGGCCCCCUCCCUCCCCCAUGGUAGGGGUCACCACUGACCUUGUGUCUGAACCAUGUCCUAGCACAGGAGUUCCAGGGGGUCCCUGGGACUGGGUGAGAUCCCCAGCCCAUGACAGGUUAGGCUGGCCUGGGCAAGGGGGUCUUGUUUUCUGGGUUGGUGUGGGGACCUGAGAUCGAAGGAGCUGGGCCCUGCGCCUUGAGACCCUCUUCAUUGUUUGGAGCCCACAGAUGUUCCUGUGCCGUUCCCCUGGCUUCUGUGUGCCACGGCAGGGAGGGUGGAUUCAAACCGCACUCUACGCAGGAACACAGUGUCUGGCUGUUAUUGCCCUCUGGUCUGGAGGAAACUCUUGAACCACCCUGGGCCCUGUUUGGCUUCCUUUGCUUUGCCCCAGGGUCAAGUUCCUGACCCCCACACUGGGUUUCCACUAGGCCACUGAUUGGCGGCAGGCUCCGAGUGACGAGUUUCAUCCUGUGGUCUGUAUGGGCAAAGCUCGUCUUUCCUUUUGAACGUCCAAGGGUGAAGCCGCCCCAUCCUCUGGCUUGGGUUAAUUCUGUUUGGAUGAACACCAACGUCUGUGGCACAGAUGUUGCUUGUGGAAUAUCCAGACCUGCCUGCCUCCAUCCACCAUGGGAGCAGAAGCUCUGCCUGGGAAACCCAGAAAGAGGGGCUUUCUCCCUCACAUGGGUGGGCUCCCGUUGCCCUUCUCUCCCCCAUCAACUCCAUCCUGGGGAGAGAGCCACCGGCCAGAGCAGUGUAAAAGCUUUUUAUUUUAGUAAAAUAUACAGAAGCUUA